AAAGCUGCGCCCUCCUCUGCUUGGGUUUGCCUCCUUUUUCCCCCCUCCCCACCCCUCUCUCACCUCUUGCUCUUUCCUUCCGCAAAGAUCGCCUUCGCUUUUACGCCUAGCCAGACCGAAGCUACGACUCGGGGGACAGGUCUGCCCUUCGCUGUUCCGGGAAAGGGUUCGCCCCGGUCUGUAAUUGCUGGAGAUGUCGGAAGAGGUCAUCGUGCCCGUUUAUUGCACUGGGGUCUCCGCUCAGGUCCAGAAGCAGCGGGCGAAAGACCUGGGCUUGGGGAAACAUGAGAACGCAGUGAAGUACUUGGGCCAGGACUAUGAGAGGCUUCGGAACGAAUGCUUGCAGAGCGGAGCCAUGUUCAGGGACGAGACCUUCCCCGCCACGGCCUCUUCCCUGGGCUUCAAAGAGCUGGGGCCAAACUCCUCCAAAACCCACGGGGUCAAGUGGAAACGGCCAACGGAAAUGUGCCGCAACCCACUCUUCAUUGUGGAUGGGGCCACCCGCACAGACGUCUGCCAAGGAGCUCUGGGGGACUGUUGGCUCCUGGCAGCUAUAGCCUCUCUCACGCUGAACGACCCGCUCCUCCACCGCGUGGUCCCCCACGGCCAGAGCUUCCAGAAUGGGUACGCUGGUAUCUUCCACUUCCAGAUCUGGCAGUUUGGCGAGUGGGUAGAUGUCGUGGUGGAUGAUCUACUCCCAACGAAAGACGGCAAGCUGGUGUUUGUACACUCUGCGGAAGGCAAUGAAUUCUGGAGUGCCCUGCUUGAGAAAGCCUAUGCCAAGGUGAACGGCUGCUAUGAGGCGCUCUCCGGAGGAAGCACUUCGGAAGGUUUUGAGGACUUCACGGGAGGGGUCACCGAAUGGUACGACCUCCGGAAGCCGCCCAGCGACCUCUUCCAGAUCAUCUUGAAGGCCUUGGAGAGGGGGUCUCUCAUGGGUUGCUCCAUCGAUAUCACAAGUGCUUUUGACAUGGAGGCUGUCACUUUCAAGAAGCUGGUGAAAGGCCAUGCCUAUUCAGUCACCGGAGCUGAGCAGAUCAACUACCGAGGGCAGAGGGUUAGUUUGAUACGGAUCCGAAACCCAUGGGGAGAGGUAGAAUGGACCGGAGCUUGGAGUGACAAUUCUGGAGAAUGGCACUCGGUGGAUCCAUCAGUGGGGCAGCAGCUGCGAAUUAAAAUGGAAGACGGAGAAUUUUGGAUGUCCUUCCAAGAUUUCCUCAGGGAGUUUAACCGCCUUGAGAUCUGCAACCUCACGCCAGACGCCCUGAAGUCACGCAAGUUCCGGAAGUGGAACUCAAUGCUGUAUGACGGGACCUGGCGGCGCGGGAGCACGGCUGGCGGCUGCCGGAAUUUCCCAGCUACAUUCUGGAUUAACCCCCAGUUCAAAAUCCGCCUGGAAGAGGUGGACCAUGACGACGAGGACGGGAGGAGAGAACCGGGUUGCAGUUUCCUUCUGGCACUGAUGCAGAAGCACCGGCGCCGGGAGAGGCGGUUUGGCAAGGACAUGGAGACCAUCGGCUUUGCGGUCUACGAGGUGCCACGAGAGUACAUGGGGCAGCCCUCGGUCCACCUGAAGCGUGAGUUCUUCCUGUCAAACUCCUCACGGGCCCGCUCCGAGCAGUUCAUCAACCUACGCGAGGUCAGCACCCGUUUCAAGCUGCCUCCCGGAGAGUAUAUCGUGGUGCCUUCCACGUUUGAGCCAAACAAGGAAGGGGACUUCGUGCUCCGGGUCUUCGCCGAGAACAAAGCCGGGACAGUGGAGAUGGAUGAUCAGAUCCAAGCUAACCUCCCAGAUGAGAAAGUCCUUUCGGAGGGCGAGAUUGACGAAGGCUUCAAACAGCUCUUCAGGCAGCUGGCUGGAGCGGAUAUGCAAAUCAGCGACCGUGAAUUGCAGACCAUUCUCAAUAGGAUCAUAGGAAAACAUAAAGACCUUCGCACGAAAGGGUUCAGUCUAGAGUCCUGCCGGAGUAUGGUGAAUCUCAUGGAUAGAGAUGGAAAUGGGAAACUUGGAUUGGUGGAAUUCAACAUCCUUUGGACCAAAAUUAGAAGUUAUUUGGCGGUCUUUAGGAAGUUUGAUUUAGACAAGUCAGGAAGCAUGAGUGCCUAUGAGAUGCGGAUGGCUCUGGAGUCUGCAGGCUUCAAGCUCAACAAGAAACUCUACGAGUUGAUCAUCACCCGUUAUGCCGAGCCUGACCUGGCCAUUGACUUCGACAAUUUUGUCUGCUGUUUGGUGCGGCUCGAGACCAUGUUCCGGUUUUUCCAGGCACUAGACACAGACAGGGACGGGGUCGUCACCUUCGACUUGGUGAAGUGGAUCCAACUAACCAUGUUUGCCUAAAGAAGAUACGGAGCCAACCCUGCAUGGCUGUCUGGCUUUCCUUCUCCUGGGACACCGUUUCUUAUUUUACCUGCAAGUGCCUUGCAUCACAAUGUGGUCACUUCUCGCUUCUUGCUGCCUCCACUUCCAAUAAAGGAAAACACACACACACACACACACGCUCGUGCGCACUCGAACACAACACCGCUUCACCUCCCGCCUUGGCCUCACAUCCUGAGGUGGACUCUCUCUGCUCCCACCGUCGUGCCUGGUCACCCUGGAAGCCUUUUUUCGAACUCGGCACCACCUGUAGCCGCUUCUUGCUUUCAGUAAUCUGUAGCAUGACUCCACCGAGGAGCCUGUGCAGCUCGGCACCAAAGACACAAAUAGGCCUUAAUUCUUUUGGAUCGUGGCCGCGUUGUCUCCAAAAUGAAAUUUAUCACAGCGCCAACGUGACUGAUGGCAUCUUCGUGGUACAGCCCCGGGAAGGCAGAGCAUGGUGGGAAAACUCUGGCCUUGGAUGGACAAUCUCUUUGUGGCUUUGGGAUUUUUCUUUUCAGGCUAAGGUGCAACCAGCCAUCACCCUCCCUGACACAACAACCAAGUAUCUUUUACAAAACAAAUAAGCUAAACAUGGCCUGUUUGGCACCCCAUAGCACUAACGCAGCUAUUUUUCAAUAAAAUUGAAGGCUAUGCCCCCAGGAGAGUUCAGGGGGAGGUAAAAAUACCCCCCGAAAGAGUGCAUGGGCAAAGACGCCCAUUUUGCAAUUUUUAAACAAGACUAGUUGGACAUGCAUCCUGAGACACGCUUGCUAGGACACAUUGUCAAGGUGCAUUCAGACAACAGGAUAACUCAACCUGUGGGAAACGUACUGUGUUCAGACAACACAAUAACCCACAGUACAGUGUAAAGAAUGCUGAUUUACAGUAGAUGGACUCUGGGUUUGACUCAGUAGAACGCCACUUCCUCUGUUCCUGUUUAAACCAGCCCUUUUUUCAGAACUAUGAGGACUGGAAUCUUGAACUCCUUUUACAAAAAGAGCCGUAUCUCAGUGGUGGAGCCCCUGUUUUGCACGCAGAAGGUUGUAGGUUCAGUCCCCAACUUCUCCAAGUAGGUCUGGGAAGGAAAUCCUGCCUGAAUCCCUGGAGAGCUGCUGCUAGUCAGUGUCAACGUACUGGGCCUGGCUCAGUGGAAGGCAGCAUCUUAUUUAAAUCAGCCCCUUAGAAACAUGAGGACUGGAAUCCUACUUGAUCCCCCCUCCCCGUUUUCCAGUCUGUAUCAGGUGGCAAGCAACUCAGCCCCUUUUGAGUUUUCCAGUGUUAUUUCUCUGGUCCCCUACUCACCUAUGGUGAUCCCCUCCUCCCCACACAGGUGCCUACCUUUCAACUUUCAACCAUUAUCAUCUCAAGAGGCUGACUGGGUCAGUCUGCUUCUCUGCAACUGCUGGUGAGGGAGGCAUUUAUAUGUGCAAUGUUUUGCUUUCCCGUUCCCCCAGCCACAUCAUUUUGACGGCCGCUCAAAACCGACAAGCGGGCCGUGAAAUUAUCAGCAAUCCAGUUUACCUCCUCCAAAGGUGUUAAUGGAGCAAAUAAUCACCAAUGUCGUUUCCUGGGCACGUGUGUGUACGCACACAUAAAUACAGUAUAUGCCAUUUUUCUGGAAGCUUCCAUAAGCACUCCAGCGCUUUGCCUUCCAUCAAGCCCUAGGAAGCGGAGAGUUUUCCUCUUGCAAAAGGCCAGUUUGGGAACCAGAUGCCUCGAGACUGCUGUGGUUGAACACUCCCGUUUUCCUCUGCUUGCUGCCAAAGAGCUUUUGAGGUGGCACGGACGCCCGUGAAUUCACCUCUUGAGGCUAUAUUAUCCCUCAAUAUGCCAUAAUGAGAGACUUUGAGGCUAUGAUGGACUCGCUUCUGCAAUAUUUUGGAGGGGAGGUUCCGUAUCAGGGAUGAUUUCGCUCUCAUGAUGUAACUGGGUACUACUGUUUUAUCUCUCUUUUUGUUUUGUUUCUCGUUUGUUUUGUAUUGUAAGAACAGACUUGUUUUAUUGCCAAAAAUAAAAGUGCUAUUAUUAAAGCGA